CAGACUGUUAUUAUUUAAUGGUCAAAGUCAAAGCCCAAACAACAGAGAGUACAUAUUUGUUUUAGAUUGAGCAGUGAGGCAGUUGCAUAAGCUGAUGAUGAAGCUGUCAGUUUUGCUGCUUUUGGCCCUGCAGGCUCUGCACACUGAAUCAGCCCUGUUCCUGGACCCGAGUCUGGGGGAAAAGGUUCCUAAUAUCACCGCUAACGGAUCAAGAAAUCAAUCCCGUCCAACUCCCCUGGAGAUUGAGACCAAGCUGGACCGAUACUCAUCGGCCAACAUCGAUCGAACCAAUCUGGAAUGGCAGUUCUUUAACCGCUCCGUCCCCAAAGAAGCAGUUUCAAUCUACAACCGAUAUGUUGGGCGGACCGACUAUGUUUGCCAGUUCUGGUGCAACGCCGGCUUCUACAGCCCGGGCGUAGAUCCUUACUGCCACUACUCCCACAAAGGGAAAGAGUUCAACAGCUUUUUAUGGCCAUUUGAGAUCCUCGUGAACAAAGACAGCUUUGAGUUGUUGGAAUGGAAGGAUGGCUCUUACGGUUCCGUGUCGCCGCAUUCCGUCAAGACCUGCUCCAACGAAGUGUAUGUUGGGAAGAACGACUAUGGUCUCGGAAAGGUGGAUGUUGUAGAUCAGGCUUUCUACCUUCCCUGGGAAGGUUCUGAGUAUUGGUACAGGUACUACCAGGUCCUGACCAUUAGCAAAGACAUAUACAGUGAGAACUUGUCUGAGGUCAAGUAUAACACUUUAGGGGUUAAACCCAUCGCUUAUCCUCCGGAGACCAUGCGCAGGUCUGCUGUCAGUAACUACCAGUGCCAGACAGUGAAAGCGACAGCAACGAUCUCAAAGAUGAACCAAGUGGAGCACAGGUGGGACACCAGCUAUUCCAUCACAGUUGGCGUCGAGGCCAGCAUCACAGCUAGAAUCCCCGAGAUUUAUUCCGCAACUAUCGGGUUUAGCGAGGAGACGACCCACGAGUUCACCAAGGGGACGACCUACAUCGAGUCGACCACCCACACCGUUUCUGUUGAGUGCGAAGUCCCACCAAACUACUCCUGUGGUGUCAGUAUGGUGGGCUAUAAGUACGGGGCAGUCAUCCCUUUCACGGCACGCCUCAACCGCACCUACAACAUUGGGGAAACAAAAUCGAUGUCCAUCUCUGGGACCUACGAAGGUGUCCAAAUGACAGAAGUUCGGGUUGUGGUGGAUCCCUGUGAGCCCGUACCUGAUCCCACGCCCUGUCCCUGAAAGGUCGAUGGAAGAGGCUCAAGAUUCAAUGGAUGAUCAAUUGUUUGCUGGAUAGACGUAACAUUGUAACGAGGCUGAAGAAUGUACCUGCUCAACGUUUUAUUCUUAAUGUACUCUUAAUAUAUCUUUGUUAUGUAUUAAAUACAAUGACAUUCAAACUAA